UUUUUUUUUCACUUUUUUUGUUUAUCUUUUUUAUUAAAAUGUUAUUUUUUUCUAGAUGCCUUUUCUCCCUCCCACAUUCCGAACGAUUAGACGGUGAUCUACCAUGUACUCUAUAUACUCCUUAUGACCGCCGUUCUGUGCGUGGUCGCCUCUAUUUAUCACCAAAUUUUAUUUGUUUUACUUCAAGGAUUGAAAGACAAGUUUCUUUAGUUUUGUUAUUGUGUGAUAUUAUUUCUAUCGAAAAACAAAGAACAUUUACUGAUUGGUUGUCUGGUGGAAUAAAAAUAUGUUUAAAUCCUUCUCCUUUGUUUAGUUUACAAGAAGAACAAAUUAACAAUGAUACAAACAAUAGAGAAUUUUAUUUUUCUGGAUUGCAUGAAUUACCUAAAGUUUUGCAACGAAUUAUUGAAUUAUGGGAAUAUUGCAAAAAUAAUGAACAAAUUCGAAAAAAAUCAAAACAAAAUCGCCGUCAUUAUAGCCCUCGUCAACCACUAUCCGAACCUUUAUAUAAAACUUUUAAUAAUGUGAAGUCAAUUACAACUUGCUCAAGUUUAAAAACAUCUAAAGCAUGGGAAAAACUUUUUCAUGAUUUUGGAAAGGAUUAUUCAAUUUAUAGAACUGUUGAUAUGCAUCGUUUGUUGCUUGAUGGAGUUCCACCCGAACACAAAGCCCGCAUGUGGGGUAUUUGCUCUGGCGCUUAUUGUGAAAUGCGUUUGAACCCAGGGGAAUAUCGUGCACUUGUUCGCAAAAGUCGUCGUUCUCAAGCAUUUGCUGAGUUUACAAUGGAAGAAAUUGAACGUGACUUGCAUCGCUCACUUCCCGAGCAUCCAGCAUUUCAAUGUGGAAGUAUUGGAAUUGACGCUCUUCGCCGUAUUUUGAGCGCUUAUGCUGUUCGUAACCCAACUAUCGGUUACUGUCAAGCAAUGAAUAUUGUUGCUGCCGUAUUUUUGCUUUAUGCACCAGAAGAAUUAGCCUUCUGGUUAUUGGUAGCAGUUUGUGAAAGACUUUUGCCGGAUUAUUACAAUAAUAAAGUUGUUGGUGCUCUUGUUGAUCAAGGUGUUUUCUCUGAUUUGGUUUCACAAUCUUUACCUGAACUUCACUGUCAUAUGCUUAAAUUACAAUUAGACGAUAUGGUAGCACUUGGCUGGUUUUUAACAAUUUUUCUUUCUGCAAUUAAAUUUGAAGCUGCUCUUCGUAUUAUCGAUUUAUUCUUCUUUGAAGGUUCCAAACUUAUUUUUCAAUUAGCUUUGGAAAUGCUUCGUCAAAAUAAAAAGGCUAUAUUUGAUGCUAAAGAUGAAGGGGAGGCGUUUCAAGCCCUGAAUGCAUUCACCGAUAAAAUUACAGAUUCAAACGUGAGGAAUAGUACUGAGAUAUUUAUUGGAGAUUUAUUAGCCUCCUCCUACACCCAUUUUUCUACCGUUUUUACAAAUGAAAACAUUGAACACCUACGUUUUAAGAAUCGCCUCAAGGUUGUACAAAAACUUGAAGAAUGCCAAAUGAGGUCAAUUGUUAGAAGUGUUGGUUGUGAUUGUAGAUUAACUGAACAAGAGCUUCGAACAUUAUAUAAUGCUGUUAAGGAAGAACAUUUGCUUUCGUGGCGCGCUCGUCUUUCAACUACAAGUUAUUUGCGAACAACUCGUGGAAUUGUGGAACGGUAA